GGGGGCGGGGCUCUCUAUAACCCGGAUGUGGAUGAGGGGGUGUGUGUCUGUAGCUUUGUUUUCCCGCACCGCCGGAGGAGCAGGAGCAGGAUCAGCUGAACUACAGAAGAAAUGAAAUGAUUCCAGGGUUUCUUCUGAAAUUCACCAACAACCAGGAUAUUUAACUGAGAGCAAUGUUAAGCUGCUGGAAGAAAGAAGAAAACUCUUCAGUACAUGCAAAUAUUGUUUUCUACAUUUAACAGACAUGGAGAAACAUCACCACCCUGUCAAGAGUUUUACUGCACAAAUUGAUCUGAGUAUAGACCAGCGCAUUCACACAGGAGAGAAACCGUAUCAUUGUUCAGACUGUGGGAAGAGUUUUCCUCGACAGGGUAAUCUCCAACGACACCAGCGCAUUCACACAGGAGAGAAACCGUAUUACUGCUCAGACUGUGAGAAGAGUUUUACUACACAGAGUUAUCUCAAAAUUCACCAGCGCAUUCACACUGGAGAGAAACCGUAUAACUGCUUAGACUGUGGGAACAGUUUUUCUGCACAGAGUGAUCUCAAAAGACACCAGCGCAUUCACACUGGAGAGAAACCGUAUCACUGCUCAGACUGUGGGAACAGUUUUACUACACAGAGUCAUCUCAAACUGCACCAGCGCAUUCACACAGGAGUAAAACCGUAUCACUGCUCAGAGUGUGAGAGGUUUUUUACUACACAUAGUGAAUUUAAAAUUCACCAGCGCAUUCACACAGGAGAGAAACCGUAUCACUGCUCAGACUGUGGAAAGAGUUUUACUCAAAAGGGUACUCUCCAACAACACCAGCGCAUUCACACAGGAGAGAAACCGUAUCACUGCUCAGACUGUGGAAAGAGUUUUACUCAAAAGGGUAAUCUCCAACAACACCAGCGCGUUCACACAGGAGAAAAACCAUAUUAUUGCUCAACGUGUAAGAAAAGUUUUAUUACACAUGAUAAUCUCAAAAUACACCAGCGCGUUCACACAGGAGAAAAACCAUAUUAUUGCUCAACGUGUAAGAAAAGUUUUAUUACACAUGAUAAUCUCAAAAUACACCAGCGCAUUCACACAGGAGAGAAACCAAAUUAUUGCUCAAUGUGUAAGAAGAGGUUUAUUACACAGAGUGAUCUCAAAAAACACCAGCGCAUUCACACAGGAGAGAAACCGUAUCACUGCUCAGACUGUGGAAAGAGUUUUACUCAAAAGGGUGCUCUCCAACAACACCAGCGCGUUCACACAGGAGAGAAACCGUAUUACUGCUCAGACUGUGAGAAGAGUUUUACUACACGGAGUGACCUCAAAAGACACCAGCGCAUUCACACAGGAGAGAAACCGCAUCGAUGCUCAUACAAUAAGAUCUUAAUAAUUGGAGUAGGUACCGGGGGGGAUGAAUCAGAAUCAGGUGGAUUGGUUCCCCCCAAAAAUGAUAUUAUACCUGCUCAGCUCAGCUGUACUAUUAAAGAGGAGACGGACCACUGACCGCUGUGUGAAUGAGAAAUCUUUUAACGCCAAUCAUGGAGCCGUUCAGGGAGAAAGUUUAUCAGGAGAAUCAGCCAAUCAGCUUGCUGGUUUUGCGGAGCGUGGAGGAGAGUGGGAUUUUUCUUUUUUUUUUUUUUUUUGGCAGUUUAAAGUAAAAUCUUCUCUAGGAAAUUUCACUGAAUUAGAGGUUCAUGAACUGAUAUUGAAGAUUUAAAGAGUGUGGAUUUUUAUUCAUUUGGUUCAUUUAUAUAUCAUUUACAGCCGUCACAGAUUCUCAUUUGUUUAAAUAAAAACACUUUCUU